AUGGCCAAAGCUCACCGUGGCGACAAGAUCCUCAACGGCCGCACUCACUGGCAGGAUUGGGACCCUAGGUUCAUGUCAGCGGGGCAGCGGAAGCCCGAUGAUGCUCUAGUCGAUGAACCGGAGCCUCGCGAUCGGUUGAUACCCGUCACUAUCAAGACAGAGGCAGAGACAGUUAGCCUCAAGACAGAGUCGCAGCCGGUCACUGUCAAGAUGGAGACGAAACCGGCGAACGUCAAGACAGAGUCGCAGCCGGUUAGGAUCAAGAUAGAGGAGCUGGUUACAUUCAAGACAGAGCCAGAUACCGAGGGCUCUGGCAUUACGGUUCCAUCAGGGUUUGAGAUGCCUACAAAUCCUUAA